AUGUUACUACUAGCGGUGUUGGGCCUGGUGCUGGGUCUCGGCGCUGCAGACGACAACCUGCAGAUUGUGGGUCAGAGGAACUACAACCUGGCUAGGCUUUCUGGACCCUGGUACACUAUUUUCAUGGCCUCAGAUAACAUGACGCGCAUUGGAGAAACUGGAGACCUGAGGCUCUAUAUGCGGCACAUCAGUCUCUUGAGGAACGGCAGCCUGAAGUUUGACUUCCUUUUCAUGGUGCAAGGAGAGUGUGUAGAGGUGGUCAUGGUCUGCGAGAAGACUGACAGUACCGGGGAGUUCUCAGUUACCUAUGAUGGGGACACCAAAGUGCUGCUCUUGGAGACUGACUACACAACCUUUGUCACCUUCUACAUGCAGAACAUCAAGAAUGGGACGGUGACCCACGUGCUGGGACUCUAUGGGCGCAUCCCAGGGCUUAGCAAGCCUUUCCUGAAAAGAUUUGAGCAUGUCUGCAAGAAAUAUGGGCUGGGCUCACAGAAUAUCCUCAACUUGGGAAAGAAAGAUGUGUGCUUAUCCUAG